GCACCCACAGGAAACCACCACACAUUUCCUUAAAUUCAGGGUCCUGCUCACAUGGGAAAUGCUCUCUGAGAGUCACGGACAUCCUGUGCAAGAACAUGAAGCACCUGUGGUUCUUCCUCCUCCUGGUGGCAGCUCCCAGAUGGGUCCUGUCCCAGGUGCAGCUGCAGGAGUCGGGCCCAGGAGUGGUGAAGCCUUCGGAGACCCUGUCCCUCACCUGCGCUGUCUCUGGUGGCUCCAUCAGCGAUAGUUACUACUGGAGCUGGAUCCGCCAGGCCCCAGGGAAGGGGCUGGAAUGGAUUGGGGGUAUCUAUGGUAGUGGUAGUAGCACCAACUACAACCCCUCCCUCAAGAGUCGAGUCACCAUUUCAAAAGACACGUCCAAGAACCAGUUCUCCCUGAAGCUGAGCUCUGUGACCGCCGCGGACACGGCCGUGUAUUACUGUGCGAGAGACACAGUGAGGGGAGACCUGUUGUAUUUAUAAGAAGAGGAAGAGACACCAGAGACCUCUCACUUUGCACGUGCACGCAGAGAAGAGGCCAUGUGGAGACGUAGUGUAUUAGAAGGUGCCCCAGUGCCUGCCAGAAAGAAGCCGCACCAAGAACCAAACCUGCCAGCACCUUGAUCUUCAACAUUCAGACUUCAAAAUUUUAAGCAAAUCAGUAUUUGUUGUUUCAGCCACCCACUCUGUGUUGUCUUCUUAUGAAGACCCGGACAGACUAAUACCACAUAACUCUGUUAGCACUGUCCCCUGGAUGGAGAAUCAGCCCCUUGAGACUGGGCACAUCUCUCAGAUUUCUACAUAAAGUAGGCAAAAAAUAGUAGCUGUGAUAUAAAAACUUGUCAUGUCCCUGUUGGCCAGUUUCUGGGCAAAGUGUUUUAAAGAAGCCCCUGGGGCUUUGUCACAAAAGUUGUCUUUUAUCUUUUCUGACGACCUAACUAAUGGACAAUUGGUACCAGCUGGAUGGAGACUGACCACUGACCAUCUUCUGCUGUCUCCUUACCAUGCCACAGAAAACCACACCAACAUCACUCUAUGUCUUCAACUU